AGCAUGUCAGAAAAUGCAAUUGACAGGUCGUUUUAUCCUAAUGUAAUUUAUAGUGUACUAUCUAUCUUUCUAUCACCCGACCUAGCAGCGCGUAGGUGGAGCAUCUUUCUUCUUUCUCAAUGUGAAUUCGACGACCGAAUUUUUUAUCUGCCGACUUUUUCUUCACCACUGUCCAACAGAACUCCAUUCAAAACCCAAAGCCCGCCUCUGCUCAUCCCUCUUUUGUAGCAUACGUCUGAAUACAUUACAAAAGCUUGUCUCUUCUCUGCAUCUCAUGUACAUCCCUUGACUACACACUCAAAAGAAGCAAACCAAACAAUGAGUCACUCACAUAACUCAGGUUCUGGGUGUUUUUCAGGCAUAGUACGUCUUCUUCUAUGCAGAGGCAGUCACCAAACACACCCAUCAGAUCAGAGAGUAGAGCCCAUCACUCCAGAGUUCUUCAAUCAUGUAAAGAAAGAACCAAAAACUGGUAUUGAUACUAAUGUUGAAACUCCAGUCAGUACCAAGCCAGGUGUGGUGGCUAGGUUAAUGGGGUUGGAUUCAUUGCCAGAUACCAACCGGGUUCCACUAGGAAGGAGUAACCCAGAGUCGGUCACAAGAAGUAGGUCAGUGAAUUUUAUGGAUUACUUGCUCCAGUUGGAUCUAGCACAAGCACAACAUCGCCGAGUGAGAACAUCAGUAUCAUUUCGUGAAGUGCCAGCGUUGAUGAAUCAAGAAAACCAUGAUGUGUACGUUCUUUACUUGGAUGAUCAAGACAAGAAACCUAAGAAAAUGGGAUCAAAACAGAGGAAAUCUGAAGGGAUCAGUUUUGGAGAUCAGAUGAAGCUGAAGAAUUAUGAAGAGCGAAGCAAGAACAAGGAGGGCAUAGUUACAAGGGAAGGAGCAGUAAAGAUGGAGAAGAAUCGACAUAACAACAACAUGAAGGUUUCCACGUCAAAGAAUGAGCCAAAGAGGGUGUCUAGAAGUAGACAAUUUUCCAGUGUUCGUAAUUGCGAUGGUGUCCAAUUUUCAUCAUCAGGCUUUGUCAUGCCUCAUAAAAAAGAUGUUUGCAGAAAAUCUCGAGAGAAUCCAAGGGCAAGAAGUCCAGUGAAGAAGCCCGUAAAUCAGAAGGAAGUAUUGGUAGAAUCAAAGUUCAUGAAGAGGAUAAAGAAACGGCAAGCAUAUAAAGACUCGCAGUCUGAUUGUAGCUCAGAAGAUUCAAGCACAAUUUCUGUUUUUGGUCUCAGUGAAUUUUUGGCUCAUGAUGCAAUACCUCCACCUGGUGACACAUGGCCUGUGGACAUGAAGUUCUCAAAGAAGAUAUCUUCACCAAAUCCUCCAGAUUUAACUGAUAACAUGCUGAUCAAUGGUGAAGAUGAGCCAGUGGGGAUCAAGAAAAAUGAUUUUGAAUCAUGUAAUAAUCGCAAUAAGGAACAUUACGGUGAAGUACUGAUAAAGCUCUGCAGGUUGACAGAGGAAGAUGUGAAGGAGUCUAAAUGGGUAAUGAAGAACACGUUUGAUUCUGAAUGUCUUCAAGAGAUGUUCACGGAGUUUGGGCAGCACAUCCUUGAUUUACUUUUAUGCCAAUUAGUAGAAGAACUUGCUGAAUUUCACAUGGAAGAAUUUUGAUUCAAGAAGAUCUUUCUGUGUGUACUUCUUGCUUGAAAAUCUAAUGUGAAAGGAGUUAGCCGACUUCAGGAUAGUGAAGUUGUAUAUAUAGUCUGCACAUGGCAUGUGAUGCUGAAGGGCAGAAGGUUCUUGGAAUCAUCUGGUGUUUGGUGGUGCUCAUUGGAUUAAAAUACAUAUUUUGGGGAAAUGCAAACAUGUUGAUUGU